AUGGAAGUCUUCCAGAACCAGGCUUGGUGUAGAGCAGCAUGUUUUUCGUCGUUCUGGGCGCAUUACCAUGCAGUUGAGAAGUGGAGAGCAGAUCAUGCACGAAUGGCUUCUGUUUCCUGUCGCAUUGCAAAUGAAAAGAAGGAAAAGAAGAAGCAUCCACGCAAAAAUACAGCCUCGCAAUCGGCUGGUCACAAUUCAAGUUCUUAUCGAGUACGUUCCAAAAAGUCAUCGAACAAGGAAAAGAGUAAAGAGCAGAGACAUGUUUCAAGUGUGGCAUACAAGGAAACAGUAUCUAUGGAGAUCGAUGAGAUGUCUGACGAAAUGGUGGCAUUUUUCAAGAAAACGAUCGAGCACAGGAAAACCCGCGAUGCCGAGCGUAUCGAAAAAGAACAACGCGCUGCAAAGGAGCGUGGUGAAAGCACAGCACACUUGGAUCAAACUAGACGAGGACGAGUACGUUUUAGCCCACAAAGGCAUGUGUCAAUGAAAAAGAAACAAAAAAGAAAGACAAAAGAAGAAGACACUUACGAAAAUAACGGGCACUUAAUCUCGAAGCAGACAUCUGGACAUCAUUCGAAGAAACCGAAGGAGUAUCGACGGAAAGCAAGAGGAAUGAACUUGUCAAGAACUGCAGUACGAGAGAAGAGGCAUAUCACCCUUCCAUAUCAUCUUAUUGGAGGCAACGUUCUCAAGUCAUGCGAAUUUAUUGCGAGAAUGACAGGUGGGGAAAUAUCGACGAAAAGUCGGUGGGGUGGUGACCUCCAUUGGAUCGGUACGUGUUGCUUCUUUGCCUAG